AUGGCCAAGCCUGUCUUCGCCCUCCUCGUAAUCUCCAAAGCCGGCUCCUUGAUCUACCACCGCACAUUCCCGACAACCAGCCCUGGCACCACCGCCGCUGGCACAGGGCAUCUCGCUGGCUCCGGUGCCGGCGCGGACGCAAAGUCCCAACAAACAGUCGGCACCCUCGGCCUACCCGGAACCUCGACCCUCACGACGAACGACUACCUCGUCCUAGCGGGGACAUUCCAUGGCGUCCACGCCAUCACCCGCUCCCUGACGCCCAAAUUGCCCAUCACGUCCUCGUCCUCGUCGGGCACCAUCCCAUCCGGCACGGGCAAAGGCAAGACCUGGACAUACCCCGACCCGACGGUCCCGGCGACAGGCAUCGAGAGCAUGGAGAGUUCGUUCUUCCGCCUGACGGUGUUUCAGACCCUGUCGGGAACGAAGUUUCUUCUCUUCACGGACCCGAGCAUGCCCAACACGGACGUGCUGAUGAAGGGCAUCUACGAGCGGUACGCCGACUAUGUGUGCAAGAAUCCCUUCUGGCAAAUGGAGAUGCCCAUCAGGAUCGACGCGUGGGAAAGAAGUUUGGGGCAGUGGUUGACUCGGCGGUGA